AUGGAUCACUUUAACAUAUUAGCAUAUGGAUAUAUUUAUUUAGACAAUCACUUAACUAUUAUGAUUAAUUGUAAUGAUGAAAUCAAAGAUAAUCAAAUUUACAUCUCCUAAUAUUUGUACCUAUAACUCAAAGACCCUUUGAAUGCCCAUUUUGCUAAAGCACAACACGCUCCCUAUUAAUAUGAUGAUAAAGAUUUUAGAUAUAAUCCUUUUCCUAACAUUCCAAUCUGUAAGGAAGUCACCCUAUCAAUUGUAAGACUAUUCAAUGAGGUUCCUAGAUAAACAAUGAGAAUUCAAGAUUAAUUACCCCCAAGUUUUUAAAGGCUUUGUUUCAUGUUCCAAUUAUGGUCAAAGAAAAACAAACAAUAAAGGGCACAUUACAGGAUGGUCAACUGCUUUAAAGAUUAUAGUAUUGCAUUAUCUCAAUAUAGACUCUAGAAUUGCGAUAUAUCCUCUAAGUGCAGAUCCAAAAUUACCAAUUGCUGUCAAUUGAAUAAUUUAUUAAGAGAUCAAUAUGUCUACAUUCAUAUCGAAAAGGUCCAAGCAGAUAAAUAGACUGAUUGGUAUAUUCUUGAUUUUAAAGUUGCCAAUAUCAAAUUCCAAGAAGAAUAUUCUUAUUCACAUAUAACCAAAUCAACCCUUGAUUUGAAAUUCUAAGAUAUCAUAUAUCAAUUAGGAGAAUAUGAACAUUUCAGAAAGUAAAUCAACAACAUCAUAAGACUUCAAAAGUCAAUAUCAAUUGGAGUUGAAAGUCGAAAGAAUUUAGGAAAGAGAUUGUUAUUGAAGUAAAUAGCAAAUUAGAAUGGGAUAUUGUAUUUUGAAAAGGAUUUUGGUAUGAUUAGUUCUCUAAGAUUUACAGAGAAAUUAGUAUUGAAAAUUUAAGAUUCUCCUUGCAUACUUUUAUUAAGGAAUUUUUCAAAAAUUGAACAGGUAUUGUUACUCAACAAAUAACAUGUGAGCAAGGAUGACAUCAGCAAUGAAAUUAUUAAGAUUAUUAAAAAAAUAAAGAAACUAAAAAAUGUGAUCUUAAUAUUAUGUAAUGAAGACUUCAGCAAUUACCCUAUUGUAAAGUCAUUCGUUGAUUUCUAUAUCAGAUUUUACCCAUAAACUAAUGUAUCAUAAUAGCUAAUCGAAUUUUACCAAUUAGAAUAGAGUGAAGAUGAAAUAUCAUAAUUAUUAAGGGAAACAACCUGGAGAGUACUUGAAAAGGAGAUUAUUCAAAGUAAAUAGAAUUUUGUAAAGGAAUUAGAGUCUAAAUUAAAAACUUAAACAAUUUCAUCUAAAACAAAGAUGGAUGAUGUCGGUGGAAUGGAGGGAGCCAUCAAAGAAGUUGCCAAAACUAUCAUCUUACCACAAAUGUAUCCUGAAUUAUUUGAUGAACUUGUUAAACCAAGAAGAGGUAUCCUCUUUUUUGGUCCUCCUGGAACUGGUAAAACUCUACUGGCCAAAUGUAUUGCAUGUGAAAUGAAAAUGAAUUUUAUAUCUGUUAAAGGACCUGAAAUGUUGAACUAAUACAUUGGUCAGAGUGAAUCUAAUAUUAGAGAUCUGUUCAAAAGAGCUAAGGAUAAUGCACCUUCACUUGUAUUUUUUGAUGAAUUGGAUGCCUUGGCUCCAGCAAGGGGGAAUCAGAGUGAUUCCAAUUAAGUUAUGGAUAGAAUUGUUGCCUAAUUAUUAACUGAAAUUGAUAAUUUGUUAGAUGGAAUAUUUAUUAUUGGUGCAACAAAUAGACCAGAUUUAUUGGAUCCUGCGUUGUUGAGACCUGGAAGAUUUGAUAAAUUAAUGUAUCUAGGCAUUAAAACUGAUAAAGAAAGUAGGGUUAAAAUUUUAAGAGCCCUCACUAAAAGUGAUAAAUUUGAUGAGAUUAUUGAUGAAAUACCAAAUAAUAUGACAGGAGCAGACUUUUAUGGAUUAGUAAGUUAAGCUACUAUUUAUGCUACCAAAAGAACUAUUUAGAGUGGCUUGAAUGAAAUGGAAUUGGCUGUUGAAGAUUUAAGAGAAGCUUUGAAAAGCAUUAGACCUUCUGUGAGCGAAUAGGAUUUAUAGAAAUAUGAAGAACUCAAAAAAAAGUAUUAAUGA